UGCUGAUUAUUGGUGCAGUCGUGUGGCGCCUCAUGGUACUGUGGUUGGGGGUAGACCAAUUGGUUGGAAGGUCCAAAAUUAUGUCCAAUGUUUUAAACAUUUUAGGAGGCUUACACAGUUCCGCAGUUCAUUUUUAUCUCAGCUCGUUCUCGCAUUAAGUUUUCCCCUAGUUCUUGAACCCGAAAGCAAAAAGGCUUUCACGUUUGAGGCGUUGGAGAAGGCAGUUAUUUUCUGUCGAACCAUAUUCUACUUUCAUCAAAAAAACACCCCUAUCCGAUGUAUUACUCGUCAUGUUUGGUAUUAUGAACACUUUAAUUGGGGGUGAAUCGGCUUCAACACCCGAAAAGAGCCAAGGCCAACCACAAAAGGACCAAUGUGACAUGUUUAUCAAUGUGGUUUACUCUGGUGACAAAGAGAAGUCUGUAUCACAAAAUCCGAAUCAUGAAAGGUUUCUGAAAAAAAGGAAGUUCUUGGAGCGGAAGGGCUUGCUUAGAUCGAAGUCGGAGCCAUACAUACCCCCAUACAGACAUCGGCGGGACAAGGCCAAAGCAGGUAAAUCCAGUUCGACUGGGAGCAGCACAGAAGGGUCUCACUCUCAACGACCAAAAGUCAUCUUUAAGCACGAUACGACUCGACCCCAACCUGCAAAGGUAAACCCCAAAGUUGAACCCGGUGUACGCCGUCCAGUCUCAGGCAGACCCAGCAAACGUUCAAGGAAAACAAAGAAGCCCACCAUUGCUCAGCGGGCUCCAGUACCAGGAGAUGUGUCGGAUUCAAACCAAAGGGCCAUCUCUUUACUCGAUGGUUUGAACAUCCCAGCACUGGCACCAGCGUCGAUAAACCCCUCAAAGUAUGCCGCCAUAGACUGUGAAAUGGUGGGGGGCGGCCCCCAGGGACAGGUCAGCAUGCUGGCCCGCUGCAGCGUCGUGUCUUAUGAGGGCGACGUGAUCUUUGAUGAGUACAUCAAGCCUGAUCAACUCGUUACGUGCUACAGGACGCGUUGGAGCGGCAUCAGGCCCAAGGACCUGGUCAACGCCAUGCCCUUCCAAGAAGCCAAGAAACGGGUGGCCAAGCUGCUCCAUGGCAAAGUGGUGGUGGGCCACGCUGUCCACCACGACUUCCAGUCCCUGGCCUAUGUCCACCCCCCCUCCCACACCAGAGACACCCAGAAGAUCCCCCUGCUCAACCUGAAAGGGGGCUUCGAGGUGCAGCGGACCGUCUCCCUGAAGAUCCUGAGCAAGGCCAUCCUGAACGACGAAAUACAGACGGGGAAGAACGGCCACUCCUCCCUGGAGGACGCCCGGGCCACCAUGAAGCUUUACAGGGCCGUGGCCAGCGACUGGGAGAAGGUUCUAGCCACUGGAUACAACUUCUGGGGAGUGUUCAAGGGGUUAACCUCUAAAUAAUGUCAAGGAAAGGCUGGCGGGUGUGUUGGUGUUCCAGACCCAUGCGAGUCCAGACCCACCGUAGCAGGGUUUAAUUUGGAUCUUCCCAUGAACACUGUGUAAUUCCAACUAUGGGGCACUCCAACCACUGUUUGGCCCUGGCUCUUAAAUGACAAAGAUUUUUAUUAUUUGAUUUUACAUAAGUUGAAAAAUAAUUUUGACUGAUUUGCUUUAUUGAGGUUUAAUACAAAAAUAACCUCAUGAUACGAGUUUUUUCUAUUUGGUGAUGGACGUGUGUCCCGCCGCAACACAGCUGUGCAGCGCCAUCGUUCUCAAUGGAUCCAAAAUAAAUGACAUGUGUUCCCUCCGUUUAUACGUCUAUUCUUUUCC